AUGGUGACAUUAAUAACAGAAAGGAUUACAUUGUGCAAUAGAACUGGCAAACAAGGUUCAACUGCAAAGGCUUUGCCAACUCACCAUACUGUGUUUCAGAUGAGACAAGCUCAAGGCAAUUUGCAUAUCAUUGAUGUCGCAGCUGACAAGGAGUCAUUUCAAUUGUUUUUGACAAAGUGGAAAUCACAGAGUUGUUACUCUUUAUGUCUUGCUUGUUAUCAUGUCUCUGAUACUGCCUUUUGUCAAAGUCAUUUUAGAAGACGACUAGUUAAUAAGCAUGUCCAUCUUGGAGGCAUUGAUAUCCCAAACUCCACGGAGAAAAUAAUUGGCCUUGCUGUAUGUUGGAAUAGUAAAGAUGCAUAUUUCUUAUCACUGGCUUUGUCACCUGAACAAUCUAGUGAUGUAGGUGAGGAGGACUUGGAAUCGAGGUCACGUGAGCCUCUUGUUCACAACAGUGUGACUCGGACUAUGCUACUUAAUGGUUUACAAGAUGUGUUAGAAGGUUGUGAUGCAUCAUCUGUUUGUGUAAUGUUUAAUGUGAAAGAGCAGAUCAAGAAAUUGUCGGCAGCCUGUAACUUGUCAAUUGUUCAAGGAUCGUUUGCAGAUCCCAAGGUUGCAGACUGGCUACUUCGACCUGAUGAGAAGGAGAAAAACUACUAUCGACUACUUUCCAAUUAUCUGCCGAAUGAGGUCAAUUCAAAGAAAGAAAGUAUUGGGUUUCUUGUAACAAAUCCUGAGUCACCACGUGUUAAAGCUUGUGCUAAAGCAUGGAAAGCAUUCACACAGGUCGAAAUGCCAUCAAUAAUUAGCUUAGCAAAAAUGGAAACUAAUGGGAUUAGAUUUUCUCGAGAUGAAUGUGAAAAGCAGAAGGCCAUUCUACAGAAAAGGAAACUGUCUCUCGAACAAGAGGCUUACCAUUUGGCUGGUCGCAAAUUUUCUUUAUCCAGUCCAAAGGAUAUAUCCAUUGUACUGUUUCAUGAACAUCUUGCUCAGCGUAGUACUUCAAAAGAUGUGCUAGAGAAGCUGCAAGGAAAUCAUCUACUUCCUGGUGUUAUAUUGGAAUGGAGACGAAUUCAUUGUGCAAUCUCCAAAACACUGUAUCCCAUUCAGAAGGCUCGACAGUGCAAUGCAAUGAUGGAUACUGAUCGAAUUUACUUUGUCUGUCAGACACACACAGCUACAGGUCGAGUUGUUGUUUGUAAUCCGAACUUACAGAAUGUUCCAAGGGAGUUUGAUAUUGGCACGGCUGUUAGCAUGACAACUAGUCCUUGUAUGCGGGUAGUGUCACAUCACGGAAAAAUUCAACGCUCACAAUCUCCAUUGAAAACCAUCACAACUAGUUCUAUUUGCAUGCGAAAUUUCUUUACAGCAUCUUCUGGCGCACUUCUUCUUGCUGCUGAUUACUCGCAGUUGGAACUAAGGCUCAUUGCCCAUCUUUCUCAAGACGUGAAACUAAGGGAUAUUCUUAGCAGUGGGGGUGAUGUAUUCAAGAUGAUAGCCAGUAAGUGGCUUUCUGUAGAUGUCGAUCGGGUCUCUCCAACACAACGACAACAAGCCAAACAAAUUUGUUAUGGCAUGAUCUAUGGCAUUAGAGCCAAAGCAUUAGCAGAGCAGCUCGAAGUGUGUGAAAGCAAUGCACUUCAAUUCAUGGAUUCGUUCAAAUCUCAGUACCCAGGUUUGAAGUCAUAUCUGAGCAAGACAGUGAUGAGCUGUCGACAGAGUGGAUACGUUGAAACUCUUAUUGGUCGGAAGAGGUAUUUGCCAGCAAUACACUCAAAACAAUUACAUGCUAGGAGUCAUGCUGAACGGCAGGCUGUGAACACAACAAUUCAAGGCUCUGCAGCCGAUUUAGUUAAGAUUGCAAUGAUCAAUGUAGACAAAAUGUUAGUUGAAAAAUAUCCACCCACGCAUGAUGGCAAGCAGCGUGGUGGAAUGCUGGUGUUGCAAAUUCAUGAUGAAUUAUUGUACGAUGUUGUGGAGGAAGACCAUAUGUCUGUGGCUGCAAUUGUUCAACACGAACUGGAGCAUGCUCUCGAACUAUCUGUCCCGCUUCCAGUCAAACUUCGAGUCGGAGUUGCGUGGGGCAGUUUGGAUACCCUGAAGCUUGAUACUGACUAAUCAUUACAACACAUUUAUGUAGAUUUGUAAAAAUAGCGUUAAUUACAUCAAGAUACCACUAUCAGAGCAAGAAA